AAAAAAUUAGAUCCAAAUAUAUGUGUUUUAGAAAAUGAUAAAAUUAAAUUGGAAAAUAAACUUACAUACUUAAAUGAUAAUAUGAUCAAUAUUCAAAAGAGUAUUAAUGAUAUCUUAAGGAAUAUUGAAGAUAAUGGAGCUACAAAAAUUAAAAACAUUCAUAUUUUAAGUUACAAGCAAAAUUAUGCCAAAUUCUUAGAUACCGUUAAAAAAGGACACUACCGUUUGCAGAUAAAAAGUGAAUUGAAAAUGAAUGAUGAAUUUUCAGACGAGUGGAAGAAAAAUUCUGACUUAAUAAGCGUCGUAGAAGCUUUGAAAAACGAUUUUCCAUUCUUAGAUUUUCAAAUUACACGAUUAUUAUAUAUUUUGAAGUCUAUUGACAAUAAGUCAUAGUAAAAAGUAAUUUAUAAAAAAAACCUAUUCAACUAAAAUCCGUAAACUGCGAGGUAAACUGUAAUUCAGGGGACAGGGGUCUUCAAUCUUUGUAUAGACAUUAGACAGUGGGCCACCUAUUAUUUUUAAUAAAUUGCAACGGCCACAAUAUUCAUAAUAAAAAUUUGUGUUAAAUCUUAAAAAAAACACGCUACCUAUGUAGCAUAAGAUGAGUUCGCAAUUUGAAGCUUCAAAUAAAGACAAGUCGUGCCUCGGAUUAAAGACCCUCGCUAGAGAUUGGCAUCAGGGCAUCACAGUAUUUGGUUUCUUUCUUAGGCAUACGCGUAUAUACUCGGCACACGUUAAGAUCAUGACCAGUCGCACAUUCAAAACAAUUUUCCUCCUACCGCAGGGCUCACUAUAAAACUUCGGGGAGCGGUUAGGUUAAGUAACCUAAUCUAACCUUGAAUGCGCGACUGGUCAUGAUCCUAACGUGCGCCGAGUAUAGAUAAAACGAAUUUAUCUAAAAUUGUUUUUUUUUAUGAUUUUGGAAUAGGUAAUAUUAGAACAAAAUCAUCCAUUACAAAAAAUAAAAAUAAAAAUUAUAAGAAUAGUAUUUUUGAGGGGGUUGACAUGUCAUUGGGCUUAUAAUUUGUUAUUAUUUAAUUAUAUGUUAUAUUCGAUUUGAAAUGAGAAUAAAAAUAAUAAAUUUAAAUGGAUAUUAAUUUAUUUCGGGACAGUAACUAUUUAUACAAAUCGAUGUCAUACCCUCCAUAAUAGUAAUCUUUUUAAAUCUUAAUUUUUGUAGUAGUUGAUUUUACUCGAAAACAAAAAAAAAUUGACAUCUGAAUUCAGUGACAGUAGAACCCCCGAUUAUCCGUCCCCCGAUUAACCGUCUUUCUCGGUUAACCGUUAACCGUUAACCGUCAGGCCACUUGUGUAUGAGUAGGUUAUAAAUAAUAUGUAUAAUCCGAAACUUUCAGCUGUUACUGCUUCGAAGAAAUAGAGAUAUGGCAGCCAAAAAAGCACGUAAUAUGUUAAAACAACAAAAAUUAACCGAUUUUUAUAAUAUUAAUUGUUAAGUAUUUUUGUAUUUUU